AUGCCUCCGUCCGGUCGUAAAGGCAAGACCCGCGUGCGUAGAGCACCUGCGGCCACCGAGACCCACGACCAGCCAUCCGAUGCAGAGACCCCAGACGCACUCGCGACACCUUCGCGUGGCUCGAGGAAGCGUGCCCGAGGCGGCGAGGCCACUGCUCCUGCCUCUCGUAACACGAGGAGAAAGAUCAAGGACACCCGCCCGCCCGAGCGCGAAGACACCGAAGGUACUGAGCUUCAGUACCACAGCGACGACGAGACCGAGCCAUCGCUCCCAACCGAGCAAGACAUUAUCGCGAGUUUGAAGGUCGCCGAUAAGCAUGUCAACGCUACCGAGGACUAUGCCAAUGAGCUUCUCGAGGGCCAAGAAGAAGUUCCCGGCUAUGGCAAGAUUGCUGGUCGCGACUGGGUCUUCAUCAUCCGCAAGCUGGAAGUUAACAUCGGCCGGCCAGAGACGCAAGAGCGCCUCGUUGACGGAGAUGGAGCGUCCGUGCGUACCAGCACUCCCACCGCAAAGACUGUCGUCGACAUCGAUCUGGGCCCCGACCGUCAAGUAUCCAGAGUUCACGCCAUGAUCACCUACGAUGGAGAACGCGCACAGUGGUAUCUCGUCGUCAACGGUCGUAACGGACUGCGGGUGGACAACAACCUCCAAAAGCGCGGCUCAAAGAUUUAUCUCCGCAAUGGCAGCGUGAUCGAGAUUGCUAACACGCAAAUGGCCUUCAUCACCACUGCGGUGGACGACAACGACGGCCCUCUUUGGGAUGCUUCGAUCAUUAAGCAGGCUCAGAAGUCGUCUGAAGAGGACGAGGACGGCGAAGACGAAGCUCGUACUCACAGCAACCGCAACCACGUCCCUGCGCCAGGACGGAGUCAGUUACAGGAUCGCGGCAUGUACCAGUCUGACUACAACAACCCAACUCAGCAGACCCACCACAAUCAGCAACAUCGCACUCAUCCUCACUCGCAACGGUCCGCUGUCCACCCACCACCAGGCACUCCCAUGCGCACGCAGACGUCUUAUCCAAAGUCUUCGCCAGCAGCCAAUUACUCUCGAGGCGUGAUGAUGGAAUCGACCGAGAGCAUCGACUACUCUGCGGACAACGCUAGAGACCUCAAGCCACCACACUCAUACGCCCAGAUGAUCGGCAUGGCUAUUCUUAGCACACAGGAGCAGCAAAUGACAUUGAACAACAUCUACAAGUGGAUCAUGAGCAACUAUGCGUUCUAUCGUUUUAACUCGGGCGGCUGGCAGAACAGCAUCCGCCAUAACCUGAGCUUGAACAAGGCAUUCUCAAAGGUUGCAAGGCGCACCGACGAACCUGGUAAGGGGAUGAAGUGGAUCAUUGAGCCGACCGAGUACGACAACUUUAUUGCGCAGGGAAUGAAGGGAUGCAGGAGGCCAAAUCCUCUUCCAGGUACUCAGAGCACUCUCGGUUCACCAACCAGUCCAAUGGGCCGUCUGAAGACUGUCAAGAGAGACGACGAGACUACGCCUCCUCUCAACUCGUACCAGCCAGCUUAUUCCGCUGCAAUGGACGCGUACACUCCAGAGCGAGGCUCUCGUCGUGCCCAGACAGCACAGCUUGAUAGCAGCGUUGGUCUAGGCAUCGAAAACAACAGCGUCGUGGAUUAUGACUUUCCCCAGCGUGCCACUCCUCGCAACGGCAUGACCGCAGUGGCGAAUGCAGCAGGCUCACCGCCGGCGCUGUACGUCAAUGAUGAAGGCCGCACUGGUCCUCUUGACACCCCUUUCCCGCUCCGCCCAUCCCAGCGUCUGGCGCCGCCCAGUACGUUGAGACGGCCGAGUGAUUUCAUCCAGUUCAGCAGCCCUGCACCGUUCUGGAAGAUGGAAGGACUUACUGGCAGCACGCCUUUCAAACCAUUCGACCUAAGUCCGUUGAAGACGCCAUUCCCAUCUUUGAAGAAGGGUGACGCAGAGGAGCAGAGGGAUGAAGAAGAGGAAGAUGAGACUUCGGUCGUGGAUGAGCAAGAUGGAGCGGAGCAAGCGAAGCAGACAGAGUCAGACCCCAAGGGAAGUCCGGUCAUCAGUUCUAGCAGUCCGCCGCGACCUACCAGCUCAGUCCACGCCCUCGAUGCAAGCCCUACGAUGAGCAGGCCAGCCACGGCUGUUGGCAAGACUCUCAGCCAGCUUGCCAAUGCGGCGGACAUGGAGUCGGGUAGCACGACGACGGAGAAGACGCCCCCAGCCACAAGUGGAUCUUCUGCUCCUAUCGUUCAGCAGCAGCAGACUCCACCGAACACCGUCAGCCAGACUUCUCAGCCCGCCGCGAGAGCCCACGAGCUGCCUCAAGCUGCUGUAGCCAACAAGUUUGACAACGUCAGACCAGCUGUCAAUGGCAGUUACUCCAGCAGCUCGUACACCAGCGCGAAUGGCAGCCUUCAUACCAACGGAUACAACCCUCCGCCGGAUGAUGGUGAGGACGAGGGCAUUGAUCUCGUGAAGGGCUUCCAACCUAUCGGCGCCUUCCAUCAGCGCAACCACCUCGCCAUGGGCGCUGGCAUGGUCGGUGCGCCGUCUUAUGGUCGUUAG